CAGUGGGAGUGGGAGCGAACUCUGCGGCCCUGCCUUAAGUCAUCCUCGCCUUUUCGGAUCAGCCCGAUCCAGACAGUAGAGAAAACAUGGAGCCGGUGCCUGUGGCCACCGACGGCGGGGAAAGGCCCGCGGCGCCGUCGGGCCUGUCGGCUUCUCAGCGUCGAGCGGAGCUGCGGAGGAGAAAGCUGCUCAUGAACUCCGAGCAACGCAUCAACAGGAUCAUGGGCUUUCACAGGCCCGGGAGCGGCGCGGAAGAAGAAAAUCAAACAAAAUCAAAGCCACUGGACAAUGACAAACUGAACUCCCUCAGCAUCCCUUCAGUUUCAAAGAGGGUAGUGCUUGGUGACUCAGUGGAUGGAGGAGGAGCUGACCAGCCCGGUGGUGUGGCAGAAGUCAGGGGAACCCACCUGGGAGACAAACUGGACUCAUUCAUUAAGCCAUCGGAGUGCAGUAGUAAGGAUGGAGCUGAGCUUCGGCAGCGGACCAGAGGUGACCUGACAGCGGACCCGGCCCAGAGGGCUUCUCACCACGGCCUGGAACAGUAUCUUUCCAGAUUCGAAGAAGCGAUGAAGUUGCGCAAACAGCUGAUCAGCGAGAAGCCCAGCCAGGAAGAUGGAAGUACCGCAGAAGAGUUUGGCUCUUUCCGGAUAUUUCGAUUGGUGGGGUGUGCUCUGCUGGCUCUUGGUGUCAGAGCCUUUGUUUGCAAAUAUUUGUCUAUAUUCGCUCCAUUUCUUACUUUGCAACUUGCGUACAUGGGACUAUACAAAUAUUUUCCUAAGGGCGAGAAGAAGGCGAAGACGACGGUACUGACAGCUGCGCUGUUGCUGUCUGGGAUCCCCGCUGAGGUGAUCAACCGGUCCAUGGACACCUACAGCAAGAUGGGCGAGGUCUUCACGGACCUCUGCGUCUACUUCUUCACCUUCAUUUUCUGUCAUGAACUGCUUGAUUACUGGGGUCCUGAAGUACCCUGAAACCCGAGGAACUUGGAAGUUUACAAGUGAAAACAACUUCUCUUCUACACUGUCAUGUCUCUGAAGGGGGCAAACUGGUUUAUACCUUCAUCAAAUUCUCUGGCCUUCCAGAAAACCAAUGUAAUCGUUUCCCUGAUUUAAAGGGUUGACUUUGAAUCAGUACUGGUCUGAGUAACCACGUAGGUUAACAAACGGCACUAACGAUUUUUCUUGUUUAACUAGAAGUCCAACCUUCCACUUUUCCUCUAAUGUCUGAGAUUUGUAAUCCCUUUUGUAGGCCCAGGCUAGUCCUUUUAGGGGACUACAUAGACAGGUCUCAGCCUGCCUAAAAGACUGCACUUUGUAUUUCUGUCAUUCAUUCCUGAGAAAUGAAACCGUCCUCAAAAUAAAGCGAAUGCAAUUGGAUAGUC